GGAUGGCAGACAGACUACCGUGCCACUCAUGUUGUGGAGAUGUCUAACACCCAAUCAAUCUAUCCGGAGAAAGUAAUAUUCCAUCCUACCUCCUCCAGCUGGAACUUGACAGACCCAGUAAACCAGUUUUGUUCUGAAGAAAACUUCAAGAAGACAGUGGAUGGCAAUUGUGGAAUGUUCGACAUGUCCAGUGAAUGGGCACCAGGAACAGAACUCAAAAAACUGCUUACUGAAGCAAAUUACAAGUGUGAGACAGCUAUGGGGCCACAUAGGAGCACACAACCGAUCACUACUACACCGUCUACUCCAGCCAUGGACCAACUGUUUGGACUCCUGAGAAACUCGCUGGCUGAUAACACUUCCAAUGGACCUACCAAGAUAUUCUUUAAGGAACUGCUCGACAGGAUGCUCCAGGAUCUCUCAGCUACUGGACAGUUUUAUGUAGAGAAUCCAGUGGCUUCGAGUCUCAGCAUUUCCCAGUACAUUCUGAUGGACGAGGACGAGUAUGUGCCUGGGUCACCAGAGUCCCCAACAUCAUCAGUACAGGAAGAAGUGAAGCACUUCAUUGUGCCGGGUGUGAUCGUCUAUGACAUAUUUGACAAAUAUUUUGCACUGAAUAUGGAGAUCAAACGACCUGGGGACAAUACGGGAGAUGCACUGGUAAAGUGUUUCACUCAAAUGUUGUGUCACAUGCACACCCAGAAUAUACAUUUUGGUGUGGUAGUCAGUGCAAAGGAAUGGGUUCUGAUCAUGGCGAUCAAGCUGGGGGACAAAAUUUUUAUCAGGCAAUUCCAGAGAUCGAUGUAUUUGGUGGCAAGUCCAGGAACGGACAACCUACCAGUACACCUGGAUGUGGACGCCUUCAUAUCCUUGGUUAACUGGAUGUACAGGAUUUUAUCCUGGAACAUGCAUGGAUAA